AUGAACACAAAAAUCUUCAUCGAACUCCGAGGCAUAAAGCCCAAACUCUCGCGUGCAUGCCACGUGCCCAACUAUUUUCUAUCAUUUGAUUUCCGAGGAUUUCCUUAUACGGAACCGUGCUUUGCAAAUAUCUUUCAUUUCUCUCCACCAACACCAGCAGACGGUAGCCACCCAAUAAUAACACGAGAAUACGCCUGGGAAGUGCAUCGUCGUUGCAAUACAGGCAUCCCGUUCGAAUGGGACGAAAAAAAUCCCAUGGAUUCGUUGCCUCCCGUGCUUCAAGGUGUACUUUAUAAAAUCUCUAAAGAGCAAUAUCAGCGAGUUAUAAGGUCUGAAGGUGGAUGGGGAUGGGAUGAUGUUCCAAGAGGGUAUAACGAACUUGAGGUCGAAUGCGUGACGUAUGAUGGAGAGAAAAUUGUCGCAAAAACUUUGAUUUCGAGACCAGAAAGUAUUUCAACUGAUUUGCAGACUUCUGAAAGGUACCACAACAUAUUGAAAGAAGGAGCACGCGAACAUAACAUGAAUUUCAACUAUCAAACAUACCUCGCCACAAAAAUUACGCCAUACAAAAUAACCAACACCAGGAAAAAAAUAGGAAAAGCACUACUUUACACUCUGUUCUUACCAGCUUUCUCGAUCGGCAUGUUGUUUUUUAUAAUUUCAGUGAAGCUUGGGAUACGUGCGCCUAGAUGGGUUGCUGUCUACACGUCAUAUUUGUCUAAAGGAAUCCAUAUAAUGCACGAUAAGUAUUUCGAGCCGUAUUUUGGCAGUGGGAAUAAUAAUUUGGAUGAGGUUGAUUGA